AAUUAACAAAUAUUAACCCUAUUUUUAAAGAAGUAAAAACAAAUUAGGAGUAAAAAGAGUGAAGGACAGGCUCCCCUAAUCUGAGUUUGAUGCCUUGUUCGUCCACUGCCAAAGAAGAGAAAGGACUGCCAAAAUCAGUUGCUCCAUCCAUGUCCGCCGCCCAGACGUCGCCACUAGAAUUAGCAUCACCGGACGCCGCGCCGGACCUAGGGUCAAAACCCCAGAGGAGGUCCGGCGGGGGAAGAGCCAACUGGCAGUGGAGAACUCGCGACGGCGACGAGGGGUGGCGACGGCUUGUGGACGGCGCGGCUGGGAGGACGGCGUGGCUGAAGGUUCCGGCGGGGUUGGCGACAACGGCGGGGCUGGCGAGGACGUGCGUCGGCGGCGAGGACGGGCGUCGACGGGUGGCGGAGGGCUGGGAGGCUGGGCGAACGACGUGGGUGAAGGUUCCGGCGUGGGUGGCGACGGCGGCGGGGCUGGCGAGGACGUGCGUCGGCGGCGAGGACGUGCGUCGGCGGCGAGGACGGGCGUCGACAGGUGGCGGAGGGCUGGGAGGCUGGGCGGGAGAGAGAAUUGGGAUUAGGGUAGAAUGACGGACGAAUGGAUGAGAAAAAACCAAUCUCGAUUUUGAGUAAUAAUCUGCAACGGAUCAGCGACGGAACUGAACAUCCGUCGCAAAUAAUAAGUCUGCGCAUUCUAAGGCUGAGAUUAGCUAUGCAAGGUUGAUCAAAGAGGUGAAAAUUUCAUGCAGUAAGAGAGUGUGGACUUGAAGUGCAAGCUGUAGGGAUAUGGCUUUCAGGGUAGCCACACUAAGGAUCUUCUUCGCACAUUGUUACAGUACUUGUGAGUCACUAAGAUCAUUUCUUAAUUUCUAUAAUUGCACUCUCUCAUGGAUUAAAAUUAAACCAAUCAUGAACUUGAUCAUCAUAUUAGUGAGUUGAACUUUCUUGUUUUACUGGAUUGAGUGAUACGCUACGAAAAAAAUUAGUCUGCGCAUUCUAAGGCUGAGAUUAGCUAUGCAAGGUUGAUCAAAGAGGUGAAAAUUUCAUGCAGUAAGAGAGUGUGGACUUGAAGUGCAAGCUGUAGGGAUAUGGCUUUUAGGGUAGCCACACUAAGGAGCUGCUGCGACAACAGAAAAAGAAGAACGGCAAUCCCAGUAAAACCGCACGAAAGUAGGGUUUGGAGAGGGUGAUAUGUAUCCAAAACUCACCCCUACUUGGAAGUAUGCCUAUAAACUCUCAAGCACAUUAUGUUACUUCGGGUUCGGACUACUUCAUGUUCGGGUCAAUGCGGGUUCAAGUAGAGAACUAUAUGUUCAUCACCAUUAUCAUUCGGUUUGGGUCGACCCAACGGGUUAUGACUUUGAUUUUAAACAAAUUUUAAGUUCAUAU